GCCGUCGUGGCCGGCGCCGUCUCGGGGCCCGCGGACCCGGAGCUGCGCGUCGUGCGGAGAGCAGCAGAGUUCCCAGCGCCUGAGCCGGCCCAGCAGGAGCAGUUGGUCUUUGGCAGUGGGGACACCAUGGAACUCAACUGCCAUCCGCUCGUGGGUGGUGCCCCUGGGCCCACCAUCUGGGUGAAGGACGGCUCGGGGCUGGCCCCCUCAGACCGUGUCCUGGUGGGGCCACAGAGGCUGCAGGUGCUUAACGUCUCCCAUGAGGACGCUGGUGGCUAUAGCUGCCGCCAGCGGCUCACCCACCAUGUCCUGUGCAGCUUCAGCGUGCGGGUGACAGAUGCACCGUCCUCCGGAGACGACGAAGACAGUGAGGAUGAGGCUGAGGACACAGGGGCCCCUUACUGGACGCGUCCUGAGCGCAUGGACAAGAAGCUCCUGGCUGUGCCGGCCGCCAACACCGUCCGCUUCCGCUGCCCAGCCGCCGGCAACCCCACACCCUCCAUCUCCUGGCUCAAGAAUGGCAAGGAGUUCCGUGGUGAACACCGCAUCGGGGGCAUCAAGCUACGGCAGCAGCAGUGGAGCCUGGUCAUGGAGAGCGUGGUGCCUUCCGACCGCGGCAACUACACGUGUGUCGUGGAGAACAAGUUCGGCAGCAUCCAGCAGACGUACACGUUGGACGUGCUGGAGCGCUCCCCGCACCGGCCCAUCCUGCAGGCGGGGCUGCCGGCCAACCAGACCGUGGUGCUGGGCAGCGACGUGGAGUUCCACUGCAAGGUGUACAGCGAUGCGCAGCCCCACAUCCAGUGGCUGAAGCACGUGGAGGUGAACGGCAGCAAAGUGGGCCCGGACGGCACCCCCUACGUCACCGUCCUCAAGACGGCGGGCGUUAACACCACCGACAAGGAGCUAGAGGUUCUCUCCUUACGCAAUGUCACCUUUGAGGACGCGGGGGAGUACACGUGUCUGGCGGGCAAUUCUAUCGGGUUUUCCCAUCACUCUGCGUGGCUGGUGGUGCUGCCAGCCGAAGAGGAGCUGGUGGAGGUGGAUGAGGCGGGCAGUGUGUACGCAGGUGUCCUCAGCUACGGGGUGGGCUUCUUCCUCUUCAUCCUCGUGGUGGUGGCUGUGACACUCUGCCGGCUGCACAACCCCACCAAGAAGGGCCUGGGCUCGCCCGCCGUGCACAAGGUCUCCCGAUUCCCGCUCAAACGACAGGUGUCCUUGGAGUCCAACUCGUCCAUGAACUCCAACACGCCGCUGGUGCGCAUAGCCAGGCUGUCCUCUGGGGAGGGCCCCGCUCUGGCCAACGUCUCUGAGCUGGAGCUGCCCGCCGACCCCAAGUGGGAGCUGUCCCGGGCCCGGCUUACCCUGGGCAAGCCCCUGGGGGAGGGCUGCUUCGGCCAGGUGGUCAUGGCAGAGGCCAUCGGCAUUGACAAGGAGCGGGCCGCCAAGCCCAUCACUGUGGCUGUCAAGAUGCUGAAAGAUGACGCUACUGACAAGGAUCUCUCAGACCUCGUGUCAGAGAUGGAGAUGAUGAAGAUGAUCGGCAAGCACAAAAACAUCAUCAACCUGCUGGGGGCCUGCACGCAGGGCGGGCCCCUGUAUGUGCUGGUCGAGUACGCCGCCAAAGGUAACCUGCGGGAGUACCUGCGGGCACGCCGGCCCCCGGGCAUGGACUACUCCUUUGACACCUGUAAGCUACCGGAGGAGCAGCUCACCUUCAAGGACCUGGUGUCCUGUGCCUACCAGGUGGCCCGGGGCAUGGAGUACCUGGCCUCUCAGAAGUGCAUCCACAGGGACCUGGCAGCCCGCAACGUGCUGGUGACGGAGGACAACGUGAUGAAGAUUGCCGACUUUGGCCUGGCCCGGGAUGUGCACAACUUGGAUUACUAUAAGAAGACCACCAAUGGCCGGCUGCCUGUGAAGUGGAUGGCGCCCGAGGCCCUGUUUGACCGUGUCUACACCCACCAGAGUGACGUCUGGUCCUUCGGUGUCUUGCUCUGGGAGAUCUUCACGCUGGGGGGCUCACCGUACCCCGGCAUUCCCGUGGAGGAGCUCUUCAAGCUGCUAAAGGAAGGCCACCGAAUGGACAAACCAGCCAACUGCACACAUGACCUGUACAUGAUCAUGCGGGAAUGCUGGCAUGCUGUCCCCUCGCAACGGCCCACCUUCAAGCAGCUAGUGGAGGACCUGGACCGUGUGCUCACUGUGACAUCCACUGACGAGUACCUGGACCUGUCGGUGCCCUUCGAGCAGUACUCACCUGGUGGGCAGGACACGCCCAGCUCUGGUUCCUCAGGCGACGACUCUGUGUUUACCCACGACCUGCUGCUGCCUGCACCCCCUAGCAGCGGGGCUCCGAGGACAUGA